CUGGAGAUGUAAAUGGUUUGUUUUUCACGCUCAGGAGGGGAUCGUGGAGCGAUUGUUUAAGUGGGCUCGAGAGGCCGAUCAGCCGCUCAGGAUUUACGCCACAGGUCUGCUGGCCGGAGCCAUGGAGAACCAGGACAUCGCAGCAAACUACAGAGAGGAGAACUCGGUACUGGUCCCUCUGAUGCUGCAGAGGCUGCGGGAGCUCCAGGAUAAAGACACUGAGAGCCGGAAGGACAGUAAACGGCUGAGCAGGAGCCCGGCUCCUCUGCUGCCGCUGGAUGAGGAGGCUGUGGACGGAGAGUUCACUGCGAGCGCUCCUGUGGAGAAGCAGGACUGUGAAGCGGAGCUGCAGCCGCUUAGGUGCGCAGGCCGGGGCGCUGUGGGGCUCAAGGGUCUGAUGAAGCCGGCCGCAGCCCCGCUGGAGGAGCCCGAGGGCCCCGCGGACACUCUGAGAAGCUGGAGGAAGAGGGAGAGCGCUGGGAAGCUGAAGCAGAAGCUGAACUUCUCCAUGCCGGAGCCGGAGCGCAGCCUGAGCGAGCUCUCCAACAGCAGCUGGACGGAGAUGAGCCCCUGGGUGAUCGGGAACAACUACAGCCUGGAGCCGCUCACGCCGGGCACAGAGCAGCGGCUCAUCCUGAUGUACCUCACACCGCUGGGGGAAUACCAGGAGGUACACACACACACACACACACACACACACACACACACACAAACACACACCACACACACACACUUACUCACUGCGCUGUGUGUUUAAACUCUGAUGGUUUUCCUCAUUUCAUUCUCAAAGUAAUGGAUUAUGAAAAUGUGUGUGUUUGUGUGUGUGUUUUUGUGUGU